AUGCCGAAAUUGCCAAGCUUGUCAGAGUUGGUUGAUGCAAUAAAGAAUGAUGAAAAGUUUCAGGAAUUCCAUGAAUUUAAUGAUGAAAUGUUAAUUGAUGAAGAAUAUAAGAAAUACUUCGUUUACUCAUUUGGCAUCACCAAUAUUCACCCACUGUUU